AUGCCAGAUAUUUGCUAUUGCGACAUGGGCGAGCAUCCAGAAGCGAAGCAGCCCAAUGGAAGCAGUGGUAUUCUGCAUAUACCAUGCUCGCCCAAUUCCUCCACUUCUUCCUUGACAGCAACUACUCAAGAGGAGCCAUCUCGGAUCCCCAUUAUUCCCAGAAACUUUGUUUGGAGACUCCAAGGCGGACGACGUGCCAGCACAUCCACCAACUCGACGGAGCCCGAUCAAGAAGACGCCAUGGCUGCAGUGGAUGUAGUCGCGAUGGAUGGGCCCAUCAAUGGUGUCCUUCGUGACUCGUUCGACCCCUGGAAUCGACACAACCAUCGACGGCAAAAGGGAGGCGGAAAGUGGAGUGCCACCGGCCAAGACGCUGACGAUGAUGAAGUCUGCAAAGGCUGCAUCAAAAUAUCGAGGGCGAGGGCAUCAACAGCACUUCGUGACAGGAAGAGGGCAGGUUCACAAGAAUCAUCCUCGACCUUACCGACUGCGGCGCGUCCGAAUCCGAAUCCCGCCAAUCCCACAAAGCAAACCCCCACCACGGUCACAGUCACGGUCACAAUGCCCGGAACACUACAACAUUCCGAUCUUGACGAUGGCGGCCCCAAGGCUGUCCCCGAUCAGUUGCAGGAAUUGAAGCACGACGGCUCAGUCCUCUCCAUCGCGGUGUCCGGCGACUACAUCUUCACCGGCACCAGCAAGGGUCAGAUCGUUGUCUGGUCCCUCAGCACCUACCAGCUCGUCCAGACCAUCCAAGCCCACAAGCGAAGCGUCCUCUGCCUCUUCCUCUCUCAAGACGGCAAAUACCUCUUCUCAACCGCCUGCGAGCCAAUAAUCAACGUGUGGUGCCCCAAGACAUUCACGCGACUCUACGAGAUCUACAGUACCUACGACGUCGGCGAUGUCUUCAGCGUCGUCUACUCCCCCCAACACGAGACGGUAUACUUUGGCACACAGACACAGUACAUACAAUGGGUCGGCUUGAAGGACGAGGACAGAAAGGUCUCACACGACUCAGCCAACCACCCGGACAGGCGACAGCACAAGUUUUUUGAUUCCCGCGCUGUUGGCGGCACAUCCACCCCUCGACGCACUGAGGAUUACUACUCCCUAAUACCCAGGGCCGAGACCGUGCUCGAAGUCGAUCCAUAUGCCAUUGAGAAAUACGCACACUACGGCUGGGUCUUUUGCAUGCAGAUUGCAAAGGGCCCAACCGUUCUGGUGGAUGAUGAUGAGGAAGUUCUUGUCUCCGGUGGCGGUGACGGCACCAUCAAGCUAUGGAGACUCAGCGACAAGGGUCCCGGAUACCAUGAAGACGAGGAUACCAAGGGCAGCAUUCAGGAGCUGAUGGUGCUUGGCGAGGAUGAUGCCGAGUCCGUCAUGUCUUUGUUUGUCGAUGGGUCCUUCCUUUAUGCCGGCAAGCUACGCGGUAUCAUUGAGCUAUGGGACUUGGACACCAAGCAGAGGUUGAGAGUUAUCCAUGCUCAUACUGGUAACAUCAAUGCCGUUGGAUUGAGGUUCGGUCUCCUUUGGAGUGCCUCUACUGACGGAUUUGCUGCUAAACACAGCGCAGCCCACACUGCCGACGAGUCCAACGGCACUUCCCAAGACGUCAGCCAGCGAUAUCAGUGCCUCAGCCGAUGGAAGGCACACGAUGCCAAGAUUCUCUCAGCAGCUGCCGCCACAUACCAGAACCACCAACUGUUCAUCACCGGAGCCAAUGAUAACACGGUCCGGAUAUGGCAUGUUAACAGCGCGCCUGCGGAAACCGAAGAAACGGAAGGUGAGCACGAGGAUAUGAUGAUCCGCUCCCUUCGCCAAUUCGUCUCGUACAAGACCGUUUCGUCACGACCAGAGUUCACGGAGGAUUGCCGUAAAGGCGCCACUUUUCUUGGAUCCUUGUUCAAGCGACUGGGAGCUCAAGUAGAAAUGCUCAGCUCCGACGGCCCCCAUAACCCAGUUGUCUUUGCAAAGUUCAGCGGCAAGCUCGAACCUGCCGAGAAGCGGAAGAGGGUUCUGUUUUACGGCCACUACGAUGUGGUCCCUGCAGAUAUGGCCGGCGAGAACUGGAAGACCGAUCCAUUCAAGCUUGUUGGACAGAAUGGCUAUCUAUACGGCCGUGGCGUCAGUGACAACAAAGGCCCCAUUAUCGCCGCUCUUUACGCCGUCUCCGACCUGUUGCAAGCCAAGGCUCUGGAUUCCGACAUCAUCUUCCUGAUUGAAGGCGAAGAAGAGUCCGGAUCCCGAGGGUUCGAAGAGACCAUCCACAAGCAUAAGGAUCUCAUCGGCCACAUCGAUUACGUCCUCCUAGCCAACAGUUACUGGCUUGACGACGAGGUACCCUGCCUAACCUAUGGUCUCCGCGGUGUCCUGCACGCCACCGUUUGCGUCGACUCUAAGCACCCCGAUCUGCACUCCGGCGUAGACGGAAGCAACAUGAUCUCCGAGCCCCUGACCGACCUGACCCUCUUGCUCGGCAAGCUCAAGGGCCCCAAGAACAAGGUCAACAUCCCCGGCUUCUACGACGGGAUCCUGCCCAUAACCGAGGAGGAAGAGCUGCGCUACGACGACAUCGCCAGCAUCCUCAUCAAGCGCAACGCCACCGCGGGACCUGUCGACGCGCUCAAGCGGAGCCUGAUGGCUCGCUGGCGCGAACCCAACCUGACCAUCCACCGAUAUAACGUAUCCGGUCCCGAUGGCAGUUUGAUCAGCAGCCAUGCUACCGCCAACGUCAGUAUUCGUCUGGUGCCAGGGCAGGAGGUAGAGGAAGUCAUCUCCAAGCUCAAAUCCUUCCUUAAGGCUGAGUACGAGCAGUUCGAUAGCGAAAACACCCUCACCGUGCGGAUUGACAACAAGGCUGAGCCGUGGUUGGGUGUUCCGGGUAAUUACAUCUUCCGUACACUCGAGGAAGCCGUGAUGAGGGCGUGGGGUUCCUCCUCGACCUCAACCCCACCAUCCUCCUCUUCCCCUUCAGACACCGAGUCGUCGUCCUCAGACAAUGAAAAGGCCAACGGCGUAACACUCCCACCAAACGCCACAAAUGGCGAAACCACCCCCACAGGCGCCGCCGCCCCCAAGACCAGAAAGCCGCUGUAUAUCCGCGAAGGAGGAUCCAUCCCGCCCAUCAGGUUCCUGGAGAAGGAGUUCAAUGCUCCUGCUGCGCAUUUACCUUGUGGACAGGCGAGCGACUCGGCGCAUUUGCAUAAUGAGCGGUUGAGGCUGGUGAACCUGCAGAAGAGCAGAGAGAUUUUUACGACGGUUUUUAGGAAGUUGUAG